AUGAAUUACCAGAAGAAACCCAAGCCAAAGUUGUAGUUAAAUGUUGCAAUUGCUGAUGUUUAACCUGAAAGCACUCACUCUUCUGAUGGUUGGAAGUAACAAACAGACAUAUUUUUCCAUGAACCCAUUGAUUAGUCUUUAUAAUUUUCACAAAAUGGAAAGACAGUUGCUGAUGUGGCUCAACUUAAGUGUGGUAGAAAGUAUCAAGAAGAUAGAUUUGUUGCCAUUCCCAAUCUUAAUCAAAACAAAGAGGCAUAAUUCUUUUAUGCAGUCUAUGAUGGUCAUGCAGGUCAUUCUGUGUCUACUAUUCUCGAAAAUAAUCUGCAUAAAUAUCUAUAAGAGGAAAACGAUUUCAGUGAUAAUUUGGAGAAGGCAAUUAUAAAUAGCUUUGAGAAAAUGAAUCAAUACAUCCUUGAUUGUCAAGAAGAAAACCAGUUGCAAGGGGGUUCUACUGCAAUUUGUGUUAUAAACAGACAUAAAGAUCUCUAUAUUGUAAAUUUGGGGGAUUCUGCUUGUGUUUUAAUCAAUGAGGAAUGUGAGAUUAAGAAAUUGAAUCUUGAGCAUAAACUCAAUAGAGAAGAUGAACUCAAACGAGUAGAACAAAUGGCAACUAUUCUGGACAGACAUUCUAUCCCAAGGAUCAAUGGAGAAUUAGCAGUAACCAGGGCUUUUGGAGAUAAAAAACAUAUACAAGCAGGUUUGAUUGCCAUACCUGAAAUCAAAAUACAUCAAAUAGAUUAAAAAGAUAAAUACUUGAUUUUGGCAUCUGAUGGUUUCUGGGAUAUUAUUAAAAAUGAUGAGUUAAAACAAUUGAUUGAAAAUUGGAAUAGAAAGGAAAUAGAUUAAUUAGCAUAAUAUCUCUUGGACAAAGCAGCCUCCAAAAAUACUAACUAUAAAAAAGAUAAUAUGACUUUAAUUGUCGUAGAUAUCUAAUCUUAUUGGAAAUGAAUGUUAACUAAAUUUUUAUUUGCUAUUAUUAA